CCCUAGAUGUUUCGAAAAACGAUUUCUUGUGUAGAAUUAAGUCGGCGAAAAAUAUUUACUACUUAAUUAUUAUGCCUCGUUUUAUUUUAUUUUUUCCAUUAAUCUGUUCACCAUAGUCUCUGCUCUCCGCGUCGAAAUGUCCUCCAGAUUACUGCCAUCAGAAAGCGCUAUUUUUGUUCUUCAAGCGAAAGGGAUUCGAAGGCUUGAUUCGAAACCCUAGCCCACCGCCCGUGUGUUCGUGUUUGCGUGUUCAAUUGGGGAAAUUAGGUGUUGGGCUGGUCGGAUCUUGGAGAUCUAGGGUUGAUUUUUGUUCGGAACUUACUUGUGGAUUAGGUUGUAGUUGCAUAUAUUGCAGACUACAUUGUGGGAACGAUUUCUUUUAUGGAAAAUGACCGUGCUAAUGAACAACGGAAGAGAAAGCUCCUCCAAAGAGCGCGUGCGGAGCCUCUUUGAUAAGAAUGCUGAGUUGGAGACUAAGAGAAGGGAAGCAGCAGUGGCCCGAGUCCCUUCGGAUCCUAACACAUGGCAAACUUUGCGCGAUAAUUAUGAAGCGAUUCUCCUUGAAGACCAUACAUUUUCUGAACAACAUGACAUUGAAUAUGCUCUAUGGCAACUGCAUUACAAGAGGAUCGAGCAGCUAAGGCGACUGCAUAGUGCAGCUCAAGCUUCGUCUGAUUCAGCUGCAUCCCAAAAUGGUAAUGGUAAUGGUCCGAUUCGUGGUGGGCCUGAUAGACUUGGAAGGAUAAAUUCCCAGUUCAAAACAUUUCUCUCGGAGGCUUCUGGGUUUUAUCAUGAUCUGAUGUUGAAAAUAGGAGCAAAAUAUGGGCUUCCGUUGGGAUAUUUUACUGACGAUCCUAAAAAUCAGAUUCCGAUGUCUAAAGAUGGAAGCAAAUCUUCUGAUGUGCAAAAGGGGUUAAUGUCAUGUCAUCGUUGCUUGAUCUAUCUUGGGGAUCUUUCUCGUUACAAAGGCAUGUAUGUGAAAGGGGAUUCUAAAGCUCGUGACUUUGAUGCGGCAUCUAGUUACUAUACGCAGGCUUCUUCCCUGUGCCCCGCAAGCGGUAAUCCACAUCAUCAGCUUGCUAUACUGGCCGGGUACUCCAACGAUGAAUUGCUGUCAAUUUAUCGUUAUUUUCGAAGUCUAGCCGUGGAGAACCCCUUUUCUACUGCAAGGGACAACUUGAUUAUAGCAUUUGAGAAGAAUCGUCAGAGUUAUACCCUGAUACUUGGUGAUGCCAAGAAAAACAAAGCGAAGACGAUAACUUCACGGGUGCCUAGAAAAGGAAGAGGCAAAGAAGACGCCAAGUCUCCGCUCAAAGAAAAUAAGGUGAAAGCUAUUGCUGUCAAGGAAGAAACACCAAGUAAAAUUGAACUCUUUGGAUUCUUUGUCACUCGAUUUCUCAGGCUGAAUGGCAUUCUCUUUACACGCACAAGCCUUGAGACCUUCGCCGAAGUUUUAUCAGUGGUUAAAAUUGAUCUAAUGAAACUUCUUUCUUCUGGGCUAAACGAGGAGCUCAACUUUGGAUUAGAUGCUGCUCAGUUCACCCUUGCAAUUGUCAGGAUGGUUGCGAUUCUAAUAUUUACCGUUUAUAAUGUGAGCCGGGAGAAUGGAAGCCAAUCUUAUGCUGAUACUCUACAGCGUGCAGUGCUGCUUGAGAAUGCAUUCACGGCUGCCUUUGAAUUCAUGGGCUGUGUGCUUGAACGGUGUGAUCAGUUGUACGAGCCUUCCUCGAGCUACUUAUUACCUGGGAUUAUGGUUUUUGUAGAAUGGUUGGCCUGUUGUCAGGAUGCCGCAGUUGGAAGUGAAAUGGAGGAGAAACAAGUGAACGCACGAUGCUUUUUCUGGAAUAAAUGCGUCUCCUUUUUAAACAAGAUACUGUCGAGUGGUUGUAUGAGCAAUGAGGACGAGGAUGAUGCAAUAUUUUCUAAUAUGACGAGGUAUGACCAGGAUGAAACAAAUAAUCGCCUCGCCUUGCCUGAGGACUUUGAGUUGAGAGGAUUUCUCCCUCUUGCCCCUGCACAGCUCAUCCUUGAUUUUUCAAAGAAGCAUUUUGUUGGGUAUGGUGUCGAGAAUAAAGAAAACACAGCUCGCGUACAGAGGAUCAUUGCGGCUGGAAAGUCCCUUGCUAAUAAUGUUCGAGUUGGUUGUGAUGGCGUCUAUUUUGACAGUAAGGUGAAGAAAUUCUUGUUUGGCAUUGAACCUCAGAAAUUUGAAGAACCUCUGCUAUCCAUUGGUGGCCGACUGGACAUUCCAGUGGGGGUGCAUACGGAUCUGAAUACCGAAUCGAAGAAAGUGGUAGCUGAGAAUGCCGAAGACGAGGAUGAGGAUGAAGUGAUUGUUUUUAAGCCAUCUCUUUACGAGAAGCAGAUGGAUGACUUUUCAAGAAACAUUUACUUCGGAAAUGAGAAUCAGGUGUCCGCCGUUGCCCAGGAGAGCUUUAUAAUUCCACCUGCAUCGAGUUCAGUAAAUCCUGCAGUAACUGUUGCAAAUGAAGCUGUUAAUAGCCCCUCGAAGUAUCUUCAUCCAGGCCAACAGGACGUAGGAAUUUUGAACGGCUUGACUCAUCUGAAUUUGGUUGAAAAUACUUUCCCGAAGAAAGAAAUGCAAGAUAACUUUGGGGCUCCACAAGUUUCUGGACCUUCGACACUCCACUCCCAGAUUGUAGAUAAUCGCAACUACUCAAACCAGGUUCCACCGUCAAAAUUUGAAUCGAUCAAGUCCUCUGUAGCAUUCGCCGAUGGGAUUCCUGUAAAUCUGUCGACAAUUUCACCAGGCUUGAAAAAGAAUCCUGUGUGUCGCCCUACCCGAAACAUCGGUCCACCACCUGGCUUUGGCUCUGUUCCUUCCAAAACUGUGGAUGAAACAUUACCGAACUCAGUCAAGAAAAAUGAGAUCCAUCCGAUUCCAGAAAUGGAAGAUUACAGUUGGCUGACUGGAUCUAAGACAACCUCCUUGAAUCCGAAUUUUGGUUUCAGUACUUUACAGAGCCAUGUUAGCUCCACAUUACCUUCUUUGUGUAACAGCGGUUUUUCCAUGGGGAUAUCUGAUUUCCCCUUUCCUGGGAAACAAGUAUCAGCAUUGAAUGUCCAGAAUGGUAAUCAGAAAAUUCCGCAGGACUAUAAGCUUCUGGAACAGGUGAAGCAGGAUAGGGAGCAGCCGCUGUUUCAAGAAGUAAAUCAGCAGCCGAUCAAGCCCCCACAGCAGUAUCCGGGACAGCCUAGCUGGAAUAGUCGUUUCCUUGUGUGACAUGAUAAGGGAAUUGGUAAUGCAGCGAAUGUUCUUUGAGUGAGGUGCUGCUAUUUGAUUGAUGCUGAUGCAGAAGGAUUGCUGUUAUUAAGUUGUAUGAUGGUCUUGGAAUGUCGCAGACAUAUGCUGUGGAAUAGCUUGUGCCGAGCAUGCCAGGUUUGGUUGAUUGGUCGAAUAGGUGAAUUGCCGCGGAAGUGUAAUAAAGUUGAAUUACUUGUCGGUUGGGGACGAGAGAAAAUCAAGUUCAUUAAGACGAGUAGUUGGCAUUAUGGCCGGGUGAUAUGUUUCAUCCUAAGCCCCAUAAAUGUCGGGACCAGACAGUUUGCGUCUGCAUCUGCCGGGUACGUCUGCAAUGUUGUUGGGGUGAAAAUGGACUUUGUCCGGGUGUGGAAGUUUAUUGGAGUCGAGCAAUGUUUUUCUUUUUUCUUUUCUUUUCUUUUCUUUUUUUUUUCUUUUUUCCGAAUGCUGGAUUUUAAAUAAAGUGCGCGAUCCAGAAAUGUAAGGUUUUCAAUGGCUUUUUGUUUGAUAUUUGUUUUGGUAAAAUGUUUUGGUGUCGAAUUUGUGCAAAUGCUGUUUGGAAUCAUCGAUAUUGUGGGAUGCUGUUUUGUCGAUGAACUUGUCUAAAUGUGGCGUGUUUGUUUUGUUCGA